AUGCAGCAGAAGAUCCUCGAGUUCCUUAAGCAAAACCUGUCCACGUUCGCCUGGACGAUGUCUGAUAUGAAGGGAAUCGAUCCAGCUAUCACAACCCACGAACUCAAUGUUGAUCCCAACUUCAAACCCAUCCGGCAGAAAAGAAGAAAGUUGGGACCAGAGCGAUCCAAAGCAGUCGCAGAGGAAGUCGAGCGUCUACUCGGUGCCGGUUCAAUCACUGAAGUUCGUUACCCGGAAUGCUACCCGUUGCCUAGCAUCGAUCGCUUAGUCGAAUCGACGGCCGGUAACGAGAUGUUGACGUUUAUGGAUGCCUUUUCGGGCUACAACCAGAUCCUAAUGCACCCGGACGACCGGGAGAAAACUGCUUUCAUCACCGAUCGGGGAACCUACUGUUAUAAGGUGAUGCCAUUCGGAUUGAAGAAUGCCGGAGCAACCUACCAACGGCUCGUCAACCGAAUGUUCGCCGAGCAGCUUGGGAAGACAAUGGAAGUCUAUAUCGACGACAUGCUCGUCAAAUCGCUCCGGGCCGACGAUCACUUAGAGCACUUAAAAGAAUGCUUCGCCAUCCUGAACAAGUACGGGAUGAAGUUGAAUCCCGCAAAGUGCACCUUUGGCGUCUCCUCGGGUGAAUUCCUUGGUUACAUUGUCACGCAACGAGGAAUCGAAGCUAACCCGAAACAGAUCUCAGCAGUCCUGAAUCUCCCCAGUCCGAGAAACUGCCGAGAGGUGCAGAGAUUAACAGGACGCAUCGCCGCGCUUAAUCGCUUUAUCUCCCGAUCCACCGACAAGUGUCUCCCCUUCUAUGAUCUCCUCCGAGGGAACAAGAAGUUCGUUUGGGAUGAUAAAUGCGAGGACGCGUUCGUUCAACUCAAGCAAUACCUAACAACUCCUCCCGUCUUGGCCAAGCCGGAUGUAGGAGAUGUUUUGUCUCUCUAUAUCGCUGUCUCCUCGGCAGCCGUCAGCAGUGUCUUGAUCAAGGAGGACCGUGGCGAGCAGCCCGCCAAAUCUCAAGUCCUCGCCGACUUCCUUGUCGAGCUCACGCCAGAUCUUGCACAAGACCUCGACGUCCCGAGUCCCAAUUGGAUUCUUCAUGUCGACGGAUCAUCGACGAGUAAAGGAUCCGGUGCUGGGGUCCAGCUUCAAUCGCCAACAGGAGAACUCAUCCGCCAGUCUUUCAGUUUCGGCUUCCCGGCUUCUAACAACGAGGCAGAGUAUGAAUCGUUGAUCGCCGGUCUUCGUCUCGCCCGAGCCGUCAAAGCCAAACGCUUGAGUGCUUAUUGCGACUCACAGCUCGUCGCUAGCCAGUUUAGCGGCGACUACGAUGCUCGCAAUGAUAGAAUGGAUGCGUAUCUCCGAGUGGUUCAAGAGCUUGCUAGGGAAUUCGAUUUCUUUGAACUCACCAAGGUUCCUCGCGGAGAGAACGUUUGCGCCGAUGCCUUAGCCGCACUCGGGAGCAAACUCCACGAUCAGGUCAAAAGGACGAUACCCAUACAUCGGAUCGAUCGACCGAGCAUCGACUCUUCCUCCGACGAAAGCUCUCCCAUCGCUCCAAUCUUUGCAACAACUCGACGAUCCACCACCGAUCAAACCGACACUGAGAUGCCAGAUCGUGACGAUACCCCGGUCGAUUGGCGAACCGAGUUCCUGGAUUAUCUCAUACGAGAAGAACUGCCAAAAGAUAAGUGGGCAGCGAGACGCCUGAAGAGACGCAGCGCCCACUACGUCAUCAUGAACGACGAACUUCACCGAGUAACCGCGAACAAAGUUCUCUUAAAGUGCAUCCAGGGCGAUGAAGUACGCCGAGUAAUGGCUGAAACUCACGACGGAGCAGGAGGAAACCACUCGGGAGGCCGAGCACUCGCCCUUAAGAAGAUUCAAACGAGAACGCCUCUAAUCCUCUUCUAUCUGAAAAAGUGGGAACUCGCUGGCAAAUGCGAGCAACCAUCGGACUAA